UUUGAAAAUGUUUAUUUUAUUUUAUUUUUCUAGACCGGAAGUUUGAUAUUGUUUACAAAUGAAUGCUUCCGGUAGGUCCUGCUAGUUAGCGCGUUGGCAUGAAUAUUAUUUUGUGAUAUUUACCUUACCAGUUUUGAUACAAACACUACCACCUGCGUGCUUUUUGCGCCAGCUCGAUAUAAAAAAAGUAAGAAAAAUGUGCGCGUAUUUCGUUUAGUUUGAUAAACAGUAGCACAGCUCCGUUAGAGAGAGUUAGCUAACAGUUGUAUAGCUCAGCAGAUGUUCUGCAGCAUGGCUCUGAUAUAUUUCAACAGGUGUUGUAAAUGGAGGUAAAGUCAGUAUUUUGAGUUUCAUAAGAAGCUGCAGACUUGUGGGUUUGUUUGUUUUUUGUGGUAGUUGCAAUGUUGUUCUCUGUGAUGCCUACUUCAUACAUUUCUCUGUUUAAAAAUCUAAAAGUUUAUAUCUAAAAUUGAACAGACUUGUGUGUUAUGAUCUUCAGCCGUGUGAUAUUGAGCCUCGGGUCUAAGCGUUCACAAAGCGCGUGUUUACAGAGGAUAAGUGCUGUUAAUGAAGUGCUGCUUAGGAGUCAGCAUUCAGUAUCUGUCAGUUAUUCCCAACAAGCCAGAGCUCUUCGCCUCAAGCCGCUUGCACAGCGGUUCAGAUUUCAGGUGACAGCACCGUCCUAUCAUCAUCUGCUCACCGUGUGUGAUAUGCAGCCAGCCAGCAUCUCCUACGGAAGAGACACAACUGCAGUUGCAUCAGAUGAGGAUGAUGAGGGUGAUGAAAAUCUGGCAGGAAAGGAGGUCGGAGAAGAGCACAAGGACCUGAGAGAGAUGGUGAUGACUUCAGCCCAGACAGGGGCAGUCGGCAUGGAGGUCCAGGAAAGUCCUGCAGAUCCUGAAGCUGCCUCGGUGUCCACUCCUUCAGGAUCAAGUGAGAAGAAGACUAGAAGGAAGUUGAGGAGGGAGAGGAAGAAACUGAUGAAGAAAACGCUGAAGUCUUCUGAUACUUCUGAAAACUUAUUGUCAGAGCUUCCAUUUGCUUUGGCCAGCCCAACAACAUGGAAAGCACUAUUCCCCAGCCAAGAGUCAACUAAGAAAAAGAGAAAGAGAAAGCGAGGAGACAGCGAGGGCCGAGUGGACAGUGAGGACGAUGGGGACAAGAAGAAGAAAAAGAAAGAGAGCCAGCGACCCAAUUACUUUGUCUCCAUCCCCAUUACUAACACUCAGAUAAGUUCAGCUGUGAGUGAGGUCCAAGAGGCCGUGCUCCAGCAGGACCCCCGACUGGCCAAAGCUAUGAUCCCUGUCCCAACUCUUCACAUAACGCUUUUAGUCACUCAUCUUGCCAAUCAGGAGCAAGUAGACCUGGCGGCAGCGGUGCUGGCUCAGGUUGAGCCGUCACUGGCUGAGUUGCUGGGUGGGAGGGAUCUGGUCUUGCCCUUCUCAGGGAUAAGUCAUUUCAGGAAGGAGGUGGUGUUUGUCGGACUGGCCUCCGGACAACACAGACACACGCUGGACAGCUUGGCAGAGUUGUUGCGGAGCCGUUUUGAGGAGCAGGGGCUUCUGCAAGGAGACUGCCGAGGGUUUGAACCCCACCUCACCAUUAUGAAGCUGUCCAGAGCUUCAAAACUCCGAUCUCAGGGUAUAAAGCGUGUGGACCCGGCCCUUUACUCCAACUACACUGACAAAUUCUUUGGAGAUCAGACGGUGGAGCGGGUGGAUCUUUGUUCUAUGUUGAAGAAGAAGCAGCAAGAUGGAUAUUACCACACUGAAACGUCACUACAGCUCGAUUUGGUUCAGGCUCCAGUCCGUGCUAAACGCUCAAGUGGGCGUCGCCGGUCUGAGCCAGACGAGGCGGAGCUGCUGAAGGUCAGCAAGCGACUGGUCGAGGACGCCGUCAACCGCGCCUUGCAACAGUACAAACAGGAAACACUUCAGAAUGGGGGCGGUCCUAAUGCUGCCGCAGUGAAGCCCCCUGGAAAUACAGAGGAAACUGCUACAAAGACGAACACUACAGCCAACUCCAUCACAGUGAACAGGAAGUGACCUCACCCGACCGAGGCGCAGAGACUGAAAAACCAGCAGUCCGGACACCAUCAGCCAGGCUUGGUUAGACAUGAGAAGAGUCAGUAAGACCUGGGCACAAAGCUUGAACCAGCCAACCAGUCAGCCCACUUUGCUGACCAGCUAACCCAGCUAGCCAGCCACGCUAGCCACCCGCCCACCUGACCUAGCUCGACACAGUGCUAGUUAAAUAGGUAAUGUAGCUUGAAAUUAACGCCAGGUGACCGUCCUAACAGGCCAGCCUGUUUAGCCUGUUGACUUACCGCACCAACUCUGCUGUCCUACAUCUAACAGCGAGAGUUUCGUCCCUCCUUCUGCACUGAUCUGCAGGGGAGGGGUACAUGUUGGCACUCAAACCCAGAACACAGAUGUGAAGCACUCCUGUAGAGACACUCAUCCGUAUUUAAGGCUUCACUGUGACCCAUCACUGCAAAACUGCCCUUUUAGAAUAAGAAAAAUUAAGUUUUGUUUAUAGUUUAGUUUACCUUUUAAAAUGAACUUGAAAUGUCCUUUAUUUCCCUCUGAUAAUGAAAAAAAAAGCCUUUUGCUGAAACGGUUUCAGGUGAAGAGUCUUUCACCAUCCUUUAAACGUCUUCUGCCUUCAUAGACAGAAAAUCAUUUGUUCAUCUUUGUGGCUGAAGAGGCCGUGUGACCGGCUGGAUUCUUCAAACUUAAGUGUGAGACACGCGUCAGUAUGCUGGACUUGAAUCUGUGCAAGCUUCUGUUGCAUUUGGCAGUCCACUUAAAUAGAUCUUAUUUAUAUUUCUAGCAUUUUAUUUUAUCUUCUUCACGUCUGGUACAGAAACUGACAUAACCUGCCCCCACCCCACAGCUUUGCUUUUAGUGUCAUAUAUUACAGUUGCAUUACCAGAGUGUGUACUACCGAGGCAGCACCGAGACAAUCAUGGAGUUGAGAUAGAUUCACUUUGGAAACUUAAGUGAUGCUUUUGAGCAAAAUCCUAUAAAUCAACGUCCACUAAAAAUAAAUAAAAACACUAACUUUGGUGGCUUGGGGAUGCUACAAAAUAAAAUGAUGUGCUUCAGCGUAACAUUACACUAUGAGUUGCCAAAAACGUCUCUCCGUUAAUGCCAGAACCUUCAUGAUUAAAUCCUUGACAAGCUGUUAUUACUGUUAGACUUAAGUAUUUAUUUCAGAACUCGCCUUCCUCUCUAAUACAUCAGUGUGAUUUUUCUUUUUUUUUGUUUGAUUCUCUAUGAAAUGCAUUUUUAAAGAGCAGCACGCAGCACGUUGGUCAAUUGUUAAGUCUUUGACACAGGCUGGAGUCCGUUUGUUUGAGGCUCAGUGUUUUUGUUUUGGGGUGUAUCAGUAUGCUGAUGCUGAGAAGCAUCUGAUUCUGUAGUACUGUACAUGCAAGAGCUGUUAAAGGCAAGCAGUGAUUGAGAGUCCCACAAUAGCUCCUCACAGCUGAGAACCCCACAGCUCCUAAUUUCGCUGUCUUCCGUCUUUUUUUUUUAAUGUAAGCUUAAUGACAUAGGCCCUUAUAGCAUUGUGCUCAUGAAAUUCAUCCACUGUUAUUCAGAAAUACGUACGCACCAGUGUUAAAUUAGAUAUUACUGCAGGAAACAGCUAGAACAGUGAUUAUUUAAUCUGUUUAGCUGCUUUGUCUUACAGCUGAUUUACAUGAUUUAAUGUAAAAACAUAAAAAAUGAAGACGCUGGAUUUUAGUUUGUAUUUCGAAGGUGUACAAAGCACAAGAUUUUUGUAAUUUAUGUUUUUAAAAACUGGUUUCGGAUUUUACAGAGCAGGUUUAUACUGUUCAGAUCAAAGUGGCCUUCAGUCACUAAAACAAACUCGUGCGACUCUUGUUUUCUUGAAGGAUGUUUUUUACCCCGCGUGUGGGGUAGGUUCGGGGAUUUGCCAAAGUCUCUUAAACAUCAGCCUGAGGCUAAAGGGUUGGAUUCUUCAGUUAAAUGUUUUAAAAAAAAUUUAAAAGUCCACCAUAAAACAGAAUAUGUGUUAUUUCCAUUGUAAGAAAAAAGCAAGUGACUUUGAUUUUCAGCUGUUUGAGGAUUAAUUUCCCUGCAGUGAGAACAAGUGUGAGCUGCACUCUCAUCUCUGUGGAACCUACUUAAACGGUCAAUAACACAGACAGAUGGAAGGAGGAGGAGGAGGGGGGUAGCUGUCUUACGGUGGACUUUGAACAUUUUCUUUUCGCUUUUUUUUUGUUGUCACCAGGUCCUUAAUCUCCUUAAAAUCCCCUUUAAUACACAAGUUGUCCUGUUGGCCUGUUCAUGUGUCUGUGAAAGCGUGGAUGUGUUUGUCUGUGGGACGUUUGAUCAGCGGUUCCCCUGAGAAAUUCUUGUCUGUAUCAAUCAUGCAAACUCAGACUUGCGUGUGUGUGUGCGUGUUUGAACAAGCGUACAAAUAUGUCUUCUCUGUUUGCCUUUCCAUGUUUCCACGUGUAUGUCCGACUGAGUGGGUGUGUUGUUUGUACUGUGUUGUAUAUCUUGUUCUGCCAUAUUUGAACAAUAAAACAGGAUAUGAGAUUCAGAACUAA